GAGUAGUUUGUAAAGGAAGUUGUCACGCUAACCCGGAUGUACACAAAACCACGUGACGGUCCUUUCUUUCCACGUGUAGAAGAGCGAAACGGUUUGUUCAUCCAAAAUUAACAGCGUUUACAAACAUGUUUGAUGAAGAGGAAUGGACUGAUUCUCCAUUACCAGAUGGAUCAUCUCACUCUGUUAAGAUGCCUCCUGCCUCUGGCAAGGACAAGGUUGUGCGUAAACAAAGUCUUUUGAGAACCCUGCAAACAUUGGGUUCAGUUCCAGACUGGGGAGCUGGGGAUGUUUCUGAGGAUAGUGAAGAGGAGAAGGACGCCUCCACUAACGUUACAGUCAAGACAGCAAAAAGGAAAAGGUGUAAAAAGCGUAAAAGAACAUCUAAUGCUGAAAAUGAAGCAAAGCAGCAGGAUAAAGGGGAUUCAUCUGAACCACCUGUGAAUAAGAAGAAGAAGCCAGUGAAGAAGACCGUUAAAGAAACAAAAUCUAAGGUGUCACAAGAGUCCAGAAAUGAUAAGACCGACAAAGGAGUCGGGCCUCAGUUGGAGAAAACUGAAAGUCAAGCAGAAAACAAGCUGAGCAGAAAGCAGUGGAAGAACAAGAUGAAAAACAAACGAAGGUCCAAGAACAAAUAUCUUCCAAAGACGACAGGUGUUGAUCAUGCCAUUGCAAAUGAGGAACCAUUGCUUCCAGCUAAGGAUGUCAAAGAAUCCAAGAAAGUGAAGAAACAUGACAAGGCAUCCAAAAAAACGAAGAAAGCUCAUAAAACGAAUGGUAUUUCUUCCAUCACGGACAAUGCUCAAAACAGCCAAGACUCUAAAACAGAUGAAUUGCCCAACACAGAAACUAGAAUAGUAGAUGACUCCCGAAGUAACGAUACAGUCUCACAUAAAGUGGAAGAGAAAGGGAAAACUUCAAAAAUGAGUAAAUGGCAUGCAGAGAAAUUGCGUCGCAUUUUAAAGUCGCAGUUUCCUGAUGCCAGUAAUAAAGCCUCAGAGGAACUGGAAGAACCCAAAGAGACAACAGUAAGUUUGAAGGGCGAUGAAGAGCAUGCGGCUCCUGACCCCUCGACUGCUUUAAGGACGAAGAUGGAGAAGCAGUUAGAAGCCGCUAGAUUCCGCUACAUCAAUGAGCUGCUUUACACGUCGACCAGCGGUGAGGCCAAACGCAUGUUUGAGCAGGACCCAGAGGCCAUAGCAAUUUACCACAAGGGCUACACGACACAAGUUCAGUACUGGCCUAAAAACCCUGUGGAUUCAAUCAUUUCCUAUAUUAGUAAAAGACCAGCUUCUUUAGUUGUUGCUGACUUCGGCUGUGGAGACUGUAAAAUUGCUCGGAGUGUAAAGAAUAAAGUACAUUCUUUUGAUCUGGCUCCGGUUUGUGAUCUUGCCACUAAAUGUGACAUGGCAAAAGUGCCGCUUCGUGAUUCUACUGUAGAUAUUGCUGUUUUCUGUCUUUCUCUGAUGGGGACAAAUCUGGGAGACUUUUUGGCAGAAGCAAACAGAGUCCUGGUGAUGGGGGGUGUUCUUAAAAUUGCUGAAGUGGCCAGCAGAUUUGAAAACGAGCGUUCGUUCGUUAGUGCAUUGUCAAGUCUGGGCUUCAAGUUAGUCCAUAAGGACACAGAAAACAGUCACUUCUACUCGUUUGAAUUCAUAAAGACAGGAAAAGCACCUGGGAACGCGAAGAAAGUCAGCCUUCAACUUAAACCUUGUCUGUACAAGAAACGAUAAAUGUACAUAAAGUACAUUUCUUUGCUUCUUUAUGUAUGGACUGUGUAUGAAAGGUUUAUGAGCAAUAAUUCAGUUUAACUCAAGGUCAGAUCUCUUCUUAGCGUUGUAUGUUUUGUAAAUCAGUGUAACAAGAAAGUGCAUUUUAUAAUAUGAUAUUCAAGAAUUUUGUCCUUUGUGAAAACUAUUUGUCAUAUAUCGUCUUUUACCUGAUAAACAAACAAGACUCGAUAAGUAUAUAAA